AUGCCGCCACGAACAACCUCUACAAAACCCGGCCGGACCGCAUCAUCAUCAUCAGCGGCAGCAUACAAUACCUCGAGUCCUCUCGCGAAACGGCAAAGAGCUGCCAAUGUAACAUCAUCAUCCUUACCAUCAUCAUCAUCGAAACAGACAUCCACAAGUACGGGCAAACGUACCAGACGGCGACGAAAGCCUAGGACUGAGGUUUCGAGUUCCGAAAGUAGCAGCGAUAGUAGCAGUGAUGAGGAUAAUGCCAGCAGCAGUAGCAGUGAAGAUGAGGAAACUGCCGUGAAAAAGAAGGCGAAGGGACCGGUAAAGAAGGUCAAGCAGGUUACAGUUCAAGCCGCGAAACCCGAGUCUGAUAGCUCUGAUUCUUCAUCAUCCUCAUCGUCAGAUGCAGAGAUGGCAAAUGCUCCCUCUUCCCCCAGCUCUUCCUCCGAUAGUUCAGACGCCGACGAAGACGACGAAGAUUCAGAUUCAUCAGAUAGUUCAGAUCCGGAAGAUACCUCUUCAACCCCCAAGAAAUCCAAACCAUCCAAACCGGCUCCAUCGACAACCUCCGCCCCCUCCAUACCUCCACAGCUACGAUCAAUAACUACUUCUCAAACAGAAAAACAAUUUGAAGAGUAUUAUAUGAAGAAGCUGACGGAGGAGUUUGGAGAGGAUCUUAAUUCUGUUAGACAGAGUAAGGACUUUACGGACAGAAGUUUGCCGGUGCUGGUGAGGGCUUUGAGGGGCGGGGUGAAGGGGUUUGGAGAAGAGGAGAUGGGUGUCGUUAUCGCCUAG